UUGACUAGCCCACGGAAGAUCAGGGAUUAUAUUUAUUAUACUCACAUUCAUUGACUGUGUCCAACAACUCUUAUUAACAUUUCCCCUACUGCUAUUUGAGUGAUGGGAGUUGAAGCCUCAUCAUGGACUGCUGAGGUGCCCAGCUCAGUAUCCGGCCUGCAGGGCUCAUGCAUCAUGAUUCCCUGCUCAUUCAACUACCCAGAACCAGAGAAGAAGCCCUCCGAAUUCACUGGCAUCUGGUUCAAAGGCACCCAUGAUACUAUAUACCACCCAGACAGAUCCAACAUCAUCAAAGACUACAGGGGUCGUACAGAGCUGGUGGGAGACCUCCGGCAGAAGAACUGCUCUCUCAGAAUCGACCACCUCCAUCGCAGUGACAAAGGACCUUUUCAUUUCAGGGUUGAAAUUAAAGACGAAAACAAGUAUUCCUACAUACAUGACACGGUCUCCAUUGCAGUGAGCAGCUCUCCAGACCCCCCCUCUCUGUCAGUGAGGGAGGAGGUGAAGUUGGGGGUGGAGCUGUCUGCCUCCUGCUCUGUGUCUCACUCCUGCCCAUCUGAUUCCCCUCUCCUCACCUGGAGCCACUCCGGAACACCCAGUGUCCAAUCACAGCAGCUGACCAACGGCCAGUGGAAAGUGACAUCAUCCCUGACCUUUACCCCCAGCAUCACUGAUCACAACCAGUCUCUGGUCUGCACAGCAGAACACAGGGGAGUGAAGCCAGUGAAAAUGUCCAAAACUCUCAAUGUCAAAUUUUGCGUACCUUACCACGCUGAUGUCUGGGAGAGCGCUCGCCUGGGCUACAGCGGUAUGGGAGCAACAGCCGGCCAUAUGCGGCAGUCUGUAGGAGAUUUGUGGGAGAGGUUUGAUUCCCCAUUCUCCAGGAGAGAGGCUGCCCUGAAGCUACUCCAGCUGCGCCAGGACUCCCGCAGUGUGGCAGACUAUGUGGUGGAUUUCCGCACAAUGGCAACGGACACUGCCUGGAACCAGGAAGCGCUGUUCGACAUGACCUCCUCUGAGACUCUGUGUAGGAACAAGGACGAGCUUGCAGCCCAGGAAUUGCCCAUGGAUCUCGAUUCCCUCAUUGCCUUGACCAUCAGGAUCGAUGGAGCGCUGGACGGCCGGGUCACCCACACUACCACUCCCAUCAACCUACGUGUGUCAGGGAACCAGAGCGAGGCCAUCCAGUUCCUGCUCAAGCCUCCUCAGGUUCUCGUUGUAUUGGAAUUCUCCUGGCUCCAGCGACCUGAUCCCCUCAUUAACUGGUCUACUGGUGGAUGA